AUCAAUGAAUCCAGGAUUUCAAAUAUAAAUUCUCUUUCAAUCAUAGGUUAGGUUGUACGGUGUUGAAGUCAUGGGAAAAUGUAGGCUGUGGUCCUGGGUGAUUUACUGCCAUGGCAUGUCCCAUACUAUAGGUGGCAGUAAGCACCUUUAAGUUUGGCCUACAAUAGCCUCGAAGAAGAAAGCUCGUGACGUGAUCACUUCCGUAACAGCGGACUGACAGUGCAACAACCUGACAACAACAUGGAUGUUGUGGCCGAAGUUAGCAAGGAAACUGGGUUCGCCGGGGAAAGUGGCGCGGACAAGAUACAAGAGCGACUACAGAAGAGGCACCAGGCGAGGGUGGAGCAUGCUGAGCGGAGAAAGGAAGCUAAAGAGAGCCAGUCUGUCGCGGAGGAAAAGGGCGAGUACUUCUACACCACUUUCAACAAAGAGCGGGCGUCCAUCGAGGAGCUGCUGGCCAGUUCCUCCGGAGCUAACCGGGCUGCGGUGGCGCAAACACUGGAAGAGGCGACGGCUAAAACGGUCCAGCUGCAGAAGUUUCUUAAUGACAGCAUGUUGUUUCUUAAGCAGUACGACCUGAGACAGGCCCAGGCCGCUCUCCAGAAACUCCAAACCUCCCUCACUGAGAUCAGAGAGGAGGCUCUGCCCAAGAAGAAGUUUGGCUUUCGAGCUCGCACUAAAGCAACCGACCAAGUCUCUGCACCAGUGUCAGCAGCACCUUUACCUGAUGCCGGCACACCUGCAGAUUCUGGUAGCACUAAGGUGGAUGGACCAGCUGCUCCUGGGCAGUGCAGCUUCUCCAACAUGGAUAAUGUGAGUCUGACAAAGAAAGCUGAGGAGAUACAGAAACGAGACGUGCUGUUGUCUCACCUGACUAACUGCAAGGUCCGUCUGUUUGGUGCCCCCAGCACACUGCACCUGAAACACAUUGACAGCUGUGAGAUCCUGUGUGGGCCCGUGUCUAGUUCAGUAUUCAUUGAUCACUGCACAAACAGUACUCUGGCUGUCCCCUGUCAGCAGCUGCGGACUCACAACACCACGGACACACAGGUGUAUCUGCACGUCACCAGCCGAGCCAUCAUAGAGGACUGUCGUGGAGUGAGCUUCGCCCCGUUCUCCUGGUCUUAUCCCACCCUAGGGGAGGACUUUACUGUGGCCGGCUUAGACCAGGAGAGAAACAACUGGACCCAGGUGGAUGACUUCAACUGGCUGGCUGCAGGAACACCUUCCCCUAACUGGACUGUCAUUCCAGAAGUAGACCGGAAAACCAACUGGGACCCCUAGAAUUAAACAUUUACAACUUUUUUUAUCUGCCAAAGUAACAUGUCAGUAAAACCAUCAAAUGAAAUGUUUUAAGCCCAAAUACACAAAUGUUAUUUUGUUCAUGUUAUUUUACAAAGAUCAGUGGUUUUAAUGACGUUUUUUUAUUAAGCCAGUGACUGUGGGUAUAUUAUAAUUUUUUGCUGUUGUUGGUAGAUGUAAUCCACUGAUUGUGUUACGCUGCUACAUAGAGCUGGAGAAAAGGGAAGUAUGGAUGACCAGCUUAAAUCUGCACUGAGUUAAAAAAUAACAAACACACAGUGGGACCUUUGGUACAGAACAGCAUCACAUCGCAGCUGAUUCAUUGAAUCCACUCUUUUGCCAAAAUGAAACUAGUUUGGAGAUUUGUAGACUUAUAUUCUUCUUCACGCUUAAGGAACAAUUGAAACUAAAGAGCAAAAUGCAAAACUCUUUGAAAAAGCAGUUAAAGAUGACCAAACAGGGAAGGUUAAUGUCUUUUUUUCAGUAGGAUUCAGAAAUUCGUAGAUGUUUGCAGUUUUUGUUUGUAGUUAUUGCUGUAUAAUGCAAAAGAAACUACAUAAAUGUAGGAUUUAUUGCAGGAAUGCUGUAUUAGACUGCAUGGCUUAUUGAACCUAACCUAACAAACUGAAUGUAGUUAGCAUAGAGCUGCAACUAACUAACUUUUUUUUUUAUUAAUCUGCUGACCCCUGAUCCUAAAGUGCACUUGAAUUCUUUAGUGGUAGUCUGAUUUUACAAAACGUAACACCAUCUAAUCUGUUCUUUGUAAUAAAAUGUACUGGAAUAGAAACAAGACACAAAUAAAUGGCUUCCUGCUCAA